AAUGAAUAUAGCUACUCAUGACAGGUCUUACUAAACUCCAAGUAGGUCGGGCGGCGCGACCCAUAGUUCGCGCACCCCUUUUUGAGCCAAUUCUAUUGCCAACACCAUACUUGAAUAGGCCAAAAUCAAUUCAAUGUAACGCACGAGGCCGAAAGGCGUCGCAUGAGGCGGGCAACCCGCAAGAGGCCUCAUCUUCACGGUCCGGGGCCUCCGCCAGUGGCCCGGGUGUGGCGACAAAGCAACCCGACAGGAAGGCCGUGAAGGCCCCUGAGCCGAGCGAGCCAAGCGCAAGCGGCCGCGCCAAACGCGUACGGCAGGUGGAGCAGGCGCCCGAGGCGCCUGUGGCUGUACCGGUAGCGGAAGCGGAGGAGCAGCAGGACGGUGUUGGUGGUGAAGAUGACAUCGGCGACGUGCCAGGACCGGAUUGGGACCCCUGGAGCGACCCGCGGGUCGUGCAGGAGCUGCAAGCCCGAGAUGUCCCCGUGCUAGAGGAGCUCAGCGCCGCGCAGCACAUCCUCAUCACAGACGGAUUCCUCAAGGACGGCGACGCACGAGCGCUGCGGGGCGUCUUCGACGCUCGGUUCGCCGACCCACGGGCCACCCACCCCGAGCGGUUCCUUUGGGACUACUGGCACGUGCCUGAUCAGUACACCCUGGUUCGAACCCAGGCCCAGGUGUACUUCCCCGAGCAGCUGUACGACAUGUUGGAGGAGGCGCUGCUGUCGUACGGUGAGAGCCAGCUGGGCUGCCGCGCCAUCAGCCCCAUCUGGAUGAGCUACUACGUGGACGGAUGCGGACAGGAGCUGCACUGUGACAACCCGCACGGCCCCUUCGCCUUCGUGCUGUCGCUCACAACGGACUGGGAUCAGCGGGAGUUCACUGGCGGCGAGACCACCAUCCUGCAGCCCCACGUGCUCAACUACUGGCGCAACUACGACCCCCGGAAGGGCCUGGAGCUGCAGCACCUGGUCACGCGGGUGCCCGCGCCCUUCAACCGCCUCAUCGUGUUCGACCCGCGCUUCCCGCACGGUGUGCGCCAGGUGCACGGCACGCGGGAUCCGCGCAAGGGGCGGCUGGUGCUGCAUGGCUGGUUCACGGAGCCCACCCCCUUCUUCCACGGCCCGCUGGACCCCGGUGAUGCCGAGGAGGCGCUGCGGGCGGGUCUGGAGCCGCUGUGGGAGGCGCUGGAGGGACUCAGCGGCCUCAUCACGGGCACCCUCAUCGCCCGGGUGCAAAUCAGCGGCCGCGACGGCAGCGUGGGCGACCCCACCUGGCUGGCUGACACGCUGGUGGAGGUGCCUAAUCAGGACCGCGCGGCCGCGGAGGCGCUGCUGCAGGGGCAGGUGCUGCCGCGGCUGCGGGCGCUGGUGCAGCACGAGGUGCGGAGCUGCCUGACGGGCAUCGCCUUCCCGCCCGUGGACUCCGGGGAGGACAGCACGCUAACGCUGCCCAUUGUGAUUGAAUGAGGGUAGCGGUGGACUGGUGGUUGACUGAGGGUGAUGGUGGGGCGGGGGUGGCGUGCAUGGGAGAGGGAUGAGAGAUGAGGGAAGGUGUGGAGAGGUGUGUGGGGGUUUGGGAAGUGGAGCCGGGAUGAGGUGUCUGUCGGUGUGGUGCCGCGCAGUGGGGAGGGAGGAAUGGGUUGUUUGAAAGUGAGCCGCCGCCGGUGUGUGUAGUUGAGUAGAACAAGAGCAAGCAGUUGGGAUAGGUUCGCCGCCGGUGUGUGUGUGGGCGGGGCGGGGCAGUGAUUGGAGGGAAGAGGGUGGGGAGGUGGGAGGGCGAUGUACCGGUGUACUAUACCCAGCCUUGCGGCCUUGGUGCGGGCCUCAGACCGGCGGGCAAGCAGGGGCACCGGGUGCCCCUGGGUAGCCCUCCAACCG